AGCACUCCCUGAGCUAAACAGCAUCACCAUGUCUGUUCGAUACAGCUCAAGCAAGCAGUACUCUUCCUCCCGCAGUGGGGGGGGAGGAGGAGGAGGAGGAGGGUCAUCCUUCAGAAUUUCAAGCAGCAAAGGCUCCAUUGGUGGAGGAUUUAGCUCAGGGGGGUUCAGUGGUGGUUCUUUUAGUCGUGGGAGCUCUGGUGGAGGCUGCUUUGGGGGCUCAUCAGGUGGCUAUGGAGGAUUAGGAGGAGGCUUUGGCGGAGGAGGCUUUGGUGGAGGAGGCUUUGGUGGAGGCUAUGGAAGCAGCAGCUUUGGUGGGGGCUAUGGAGGAGGCAGCUUUGGAGGGGGCAGCUUUGGUGGUGGUGGCUUCAGUGGAGGCAGUUUUGGAGGCUUUGGGGGUGGAUUUGGAGGAGAUGGUGGCCUUCUCUCCGGAAAUGAAAAAGUAACCAUGCAGAAUCUGAAUGACCGCCUGGCUUCCUACUUGGACAAAGUGCGGGCUCUGGAAGAAUCAAACUAUGAGCUAGAAGGCAAAAUCAAAGAGUGGUAUGAAAAGCAUGGCGGCUUAGGCCAGAGAGAACCUCGUGACUACAGCAAAUACUACCAAACCAUCGAUGAUCUUAAAAAUCAGAUCCUCAAUCUGACAACUGAUAAUGCCAACAUCCUGCUUCAGAUCGACAAUGCCAGGCUGGCAGCUGAUGACUUCAGAUUAAAGUAUGAGAACGAGGUCACCCUGCGCCAGAGCGUGGAGGCUGACAUCAAUGGCCUGCGCAGGGUGCUGGAUGAACUGACCCUGACCAAGGCUGACCUGGAGAUGCAGAUCGAGAGCCUGACUGAAGAGCUGGCCUACCUGAAGAAGAAUCAUGAAGAGGAAAUGAAAGACCUUCAAAAUGUGUCCACUGGUGAUGUAAAUGUAGAAAUGAAUGCUGCCCCAGGUGUCGAUCUGACUGAACUUCUGAAUAACAUGAGAAACCAGUAUGAACAACUUGCUGAACAAAACCGCAAAGACGCUGAAGCCUGGUUCAACGAAAAGAGCAAAGAACUCACUACGGAAAUCAAUAGUAACAUCGAACAAAUGUCCAGCCACAAAUCGGAGAUUACUGAAUUGAGACGCACGGUUCAAGGUCUGGAAAUCGAACUACAGUCCCAACUAGCCCUGAAACAAUCCCUGGAAGCCUCCUUGGCAGAAACAGAAGGUCGCUACUGUAUGCAGCUCUCCCAGAUUCAGGCCCAGAUCUCCUCUCUGGAGGAACAACUACAACAGAUUCGAGCUGAAACCGAGUGCCAGAAUGCUGAGUACCAACAGCUCCUGGAUAUUAAGAUCCGACUGGAGAAUGAAAUUCAAACCUACCGCAGCCUACUAGAAGGAGAAGGAAGUUCCGGCGGCGGCGGCGGCUACGGCGGCGGGCGCGGCGGCGGAAGUUCCGGCGGCGGCUACGGCGGAAGUUCCGGCGGCGGUGGCGGCUACGGCGGCGGCUACGGCGGCGGAAGUUCCAGCGGUGGCGGCCACGGCGGUAGCGGCCACGGCGGUAGCUCCGGCGGAAGUCACGGGGGUGGUUACGGCGGCGGCAGCUCCGGCGGCGGCGGCGGUGGCCACGGCGGCAGUUCCAGCGGCGGCGGCUACGGUGGCGGCAGCUCCGGCGGGCACAAGUCCUCGUCUUCUGGGUCCGUCGGGGAACCCUCUUCCAAGGGACCAAGGUCAGCAGAAACUAGCUGGGAUACUAACAAAACCAGAGUAAUCAAGACAAUUAUUGAAGAGGUGGCACCUGAUGGUAGAGUCCUUUCAUCAAUGGUUGAAUCAGAAACCAAGAAACACUACUAUUAAGCCGCAUCAAGAGGAAAGAGUCUCCCUUCACACAGACCAUUAUGUACAGGUGCAUGAAAAACAAAAGCUCCAAGAAAACACUUCAGUCUUAAUGGUCAAUGGAAAUAGGUUCACUCCUUGAAAAUAAGGUGUCUAAAAGGUGUUUUGUGGUUUCUGUAUUUCUUUUCACUUUACCAGAAAGUGUUCUUUAAUGGAAAAAAAAAAAAAAAAACUUUCUAUUCUCAUUCACUAAUGAAUUUCAAUAAACUUUCUUACUGAUGCAAGCUA